AUGCAAGUGGCCCGGGAUCCUGGGGACGCCAUCAGCCACCAGGCACUGCCACUGGGCUGCUACUCACCCCAUAGAUCCACAGUCCCCAGGCAGUCCUAUGGCAGUGUCCACUGGUGCAGCCUGCACCCCCUUCCCCCAGUCAGCCACCCCCAUCUGAAUCCUAAUGGGCAGGUCCGGUCCGCCCUGUGGGAGAGGUGCUGCCCGGUGAGGCAUAAAAUCUCGGGAUUCUGGCUGGAGGCAGCUCCUGAGACUGCUGGCAUAAAGGGGAGCCGUGCCCUCCUGCUGGUGGCCCUCACCCUGUUCUGCAUCUGCCGGCUGGCCACAGGGGAGGACUGCAAGGAGUUUUUCAUGGACUUCCUGCAAACACUACUGGUGGGGACCCCAGAGGAGCUCUAUGAGGGGCCCCUGGGCAAGUACAAUGUCAACGAAGAUGCCAAGGCAGCAAUGACUGAACUCAAGUCCUGCACAGACGGCCUGCAGCCAAUGCACAAGGCAGAGCUGAUCAAGUUGCUGGUGCAUGUGCUGGGCAGUCAGGACGGUGCCUAAGUGGACCUCAGACAUGGCUCAGCCAUAGGACCUGCCACACAAGCAGCCAUGGACACGCCGCCCACUACCACCUCCCCACAUGGAAAUUUACCCUCAAACCAUAUAAUCAAUAAAGCCUUCCGCA